GGUAUAUAGCGAGGGUGGUGCGGCCGCGCUGACGAUUUUGAAUCGUGAGGCCAUAGAGACGCUGUCUUGGGUCAUAACCAUGGAAAUCCUGGGCCAUUGCACGCUCCUCUGCGUGGUUAUGCUUGCACAACUAGCAUGUGCAGAGCCAGGCGGGGUUGACGAUAACAGCUUUAGAAAAUCCAAUUCCUUCGAUUCAAAGUCAAGUGAACAAAGUAAAGAGUCGAGGUCGAGACAAAUUGAAGAGAGCUCUCGGAAAUUUAGCUCAAGCUCUAGUGUAUUUAAAAGCGAAAACCAUGCGUUUUCACAACACAACAAGAAACAUCAACAAAAUUCAUUUUCGGAAAGCGAUCAAGAGUUCAAUAAGCAGCUCAGUACAAGCAAACACUCGUCAAAACAUCAACAGAAAUCAUUUUCUAAAAGCGAAGAAGACUUCGAUGAGCAAAAAAGCACAAUCAAGCACUCUUCAAAGCAUCAAAAAAAGUCGUUUUCUGAAAGCGAACAAGAGGUCGAUGAGCAAAAAAGCACGAUCAAGCACUCCUCAAAGCAUCAAAAAAAGUCGUUUUCUGAAAGCGAACAAGAGGUCGAUGAGCAAAAAAGCACGAUCAAGCACUCCUCAAAGCAUCAAAAAAAGUCGUUUUCUGAAAGCGAACAAGAGGUCGAUGAGCAAAAAAGCACGAUCAAGCACUCCUCAAAGCAUCAAAAAAAGUCGUUUUCUGAAAGCGAACAAGAGGUUGAUGAGCAAAAAAGCACGAUCAAGCACUCCUCAAAGCAUCAAAAAAAGUCGUUUUCUGAAAGCGAACAAGAGGUUGAUGAGCAAAAAAGCACGAUCAAGCACUCCUCAAAGCAUCAAAAAAAGUCGUUUUCUGAAAGCGAACAAGAGGUCGAUGAGCAAAAAAGCACGAUCAAGCACUCCUCAAAGCAUAAAAAAAUGUCGUUUUCUGAAAGCGAACAAGAGGUCGAUGAGCAAAAAAGCACGAUCAAGCACUCCUCAAAGCAUCAAAAAAAGUCGUUUUCUGAAAGCGAACAAGAGGUCGAUGAGCAAAAAAGCACGAUCAAGCACUCCUCAAAGCAUAAAAAAAUGUCGUUUUCUGAAAGCGAACAAGAGGUCGAACAGAAGAGCAUGAGCAAGCAUGUUAUAAACCAAAAGAAAUCAUUUAUGAAAGCAACAGAAAUCAUUAUCAAACACCGCCAGAAAUCAUUUUCUGAAAUUUUCGGCGAGCCAGAGACAUUCAACAAUUAA